ACAGCCGUGGAGAUUUUUGGGGAAGACUAGUGGGAUACAAGAUGGCUGUUGUGGGACGAGAGGAGUGUUUCACCUCUUUUUGAUAAAAUAACGGAGAGCCUGGUCACCUGAAAAUACUGUGGAAUUGGUAAUUUAAGCAAGAAUUAAAUUGUGUAUUUUGUAUAAUUUUGGGAUUUUUCCCCCUCACAAAACCGUUACCGCUUCCUUCAUACCAGACUGGCUUUUUUUUUUUUUUGGAGAAAGUUUUCUCUUCUGACUUUUUUUGUUGCGUAUUUCUGUUUAGUCAGUAAAAAAAGGAUAUUUCGUGAUAAUUCAUAACAUUUUAAGGUGAUCAUAAAGUCUUAGCUUUAUAGCUGGAAAGUUUAUAACAUACUUUGUGACUUUAAAACCUAGAAAAUUGUUUUGCUUGAGAUGUAGCUAACUUUAUUUUAGCUUUUUGAAACAGUUGUUAUAGUUAAUACUUGAUAUUAUAGCAUGAGAAAAUGUUUUUCUGAAGUUUCCACCGAUAUAGUAAUAAACUUAACCCAGAGAGAGAGAGAGAGAGACUAAACAAAUGAGCUCGAGUCGAAGCCGUUGUCAGGCAGCCAGAGCUCCGAGCUCUGCGCAUGCGCACAAGUCGCCGGCGGCGGUGACUGAAGGUCUGGAGAUGGAGAGGAUGGAGCCGCAGGGAGAAGUGGGGCUCGGGGUCCCCGAGGAUCAGCCUUCUCCGUCGUCCACCUCUAGCUCCAGACAGGCGUGGAGCCGGGACAACCCUGGAUUCGAGCCUGAAGAGGGUCUGGAGGCGAACUGGAGCCCAGGACGGAGGUCCUUAUCCGACACUUCGAGCAGCGGCAGCAGCGGACUCGGGAGUUUCACUGGUGGGAGCAACGCACGCAUCCACCGGGGACUUUACCCCAGUCCUCCUGCUGAUGGACUUAAUCAGGAGCCGCCGAGCUGGGGAGCGAGGAUCCUGGAGAAGAUCAGACUUUUGUGGGGCACACGCCUUCUGGAGGAGAGGGACAGUAGCAGAGAGAUGUACCUGAAGAAUGUUCUCCGAGAGAUGAUCACCUAUGUCCUUUUCCUCAUCACCUUAUGCAUCUUGACAUAUGGGAUGGUGAGCACUAACAUGUACUACUACACCAAAGUCAUGUCUCAGCUCUUCCUGGACACGCCGCUAUCGAGCGGAGAUGCUACCACCUUCAGGAGCCUCUCCACCAUGGAGGACUUCUGGAAAUACACAGAGGGGCCUUUUCUAAACGGGAUGUACUGGGAAGUGUGGUACAACAACAAGAGCCUUCCAGAGAACCAGAGCCUCAUCUAUUAUGAGAACCUGCUGUUGGGAGUCCCGCGCCUGCGUCAGGUCAAAGUUCUCAACAAGUCCUGUCCUGUUCAUGAGGAGCUGAAGGACGAAGUGUAUGACUGCUAUGGAGUCUAUGCAGCUGCCUAUGAGGACAAGAAACCGUUUGGGCUGAAAAACGGCACUGCGUGGGUGUACUCUGAGGAGAGCAGCCUUGGAGAAAGCAGCCACUCGGGUGAAGUGGCCACAUACAGAGGAGGAGGUUUCUAUCAGGAUCUGUCCCGCACCAGAGACGAGUCAGACAGACAGCUGCAGGAGCUGAAGGCCAACCUGUGGCUGGAUCGAGGCACCAGAGCGGUGUUCCUCGACUUCUCCGUCUACAACGGCAAUAUCAACCUCUUCUGCAUCAUCAGAUUGCUGGUGGAGUUUCCAGCCACAGGGGGCGCUGUGACCUCAUGGCAGUUCCAGACUGUGCGCUUGGUGCGCUAUGUGUCCAGCUGGGACCACUUUGUGGGGAUGUGUGAGGUCAUCUUCUGCUUCUUCGUGCUGUACUACAUGGUGGAGGAGGUGCUGGAGAUCCGCCUCCACCGUCUUCGCUACUUCAAAAGCUUGUGGAACUGCCUGGAUGUUCUCAUAGUAACGCUGAGCUUGCCGGCCAUCAUUAUGAACAUCUACAGGACAUCAGCAGUCAACAACAGGCUGAAGUUCCUGCUGGAGAACCACAGCAUGUUCCCAAACUUCGGUCCACUUGCUCGGCUGCAGAUUCAGUUCAACAAUCUGGCUGCCAUCAUCGUCUUUCUGGCCUGGGUCAAACUAUUUAAGUUCAUCAAUUUUAAUAAGACCAUGAGCCAGCUGUCCAGCACUGUGUCCCGGUGUGCUAAAGACCUGCUGGGAUUUGCCAUCAUGUUCUUCAUUGUGUUCCUGGCAUACGCGCAGCUGGCGUACCUGGUGUUCGGCACACAACUCGAUGACUUCAGCACUUUCCAAGCCUGCAUUUUCACACAGUUCCGGAUCAUUCUCGGAGACUUUGACUUCUCAGAGCUCGAAGAGUCUGACCGAGUCCUGGGGCCAAUUUACUUCACCACCUUUGUUUUCUUCAUGUUCAUGAUUCUGUUGAAUAUGUUCUUAGCCAUCAUCAAUGACACUUAUGCAGAGGUGAAGGCUGACAUGGCACAGCAGAGAUCCGAAAUGGAGAUUACAGACCUCAUUAAAAAGGGCUACCACAAGGCCAUGGUGAAACUGAAGCUGAGGAAGACAGCGGUGGAUGAUAUCUCUGAUAGCCUUCGGCAGGUGGGAGGGAAACUCAACUUCGAUGAGCUCCGGCAGGACCUGCGAGGAAAAGGACACUCAGACGCUGAGAUUGAAGCCAUUUUUGCAAAGUACGAUCUGGACGGAGACCAGGAGCUCACUGAGCACGAGCACCAGCAGAUGAGGGACGAUCUGGAGAAAGAGAGAAUGAAUGCACACACACACACCUGCACAGAUACUCAGUGUCUCUCACACACACGCCAGGAGGACUUGGAUUUGGAACGCAGUUCGCUGCCCAGGCCUCUGAGUGGGCGGAGCUUCUCCCGUAGCCAGGAUGACUCGGAGGAGGACGAUGAUGAGGACAGUGGACACAGUUCCCGUCGCCGUGGCAGCAGCUCUGGUGGUGUGUCCUACGAGGAGUUCCAAGUCCUGGUGCGGAGGGUGGACCGGAUGGAGCACUCGAUUGGCAGCAUCGUGUCCAAGAUCGACGCAGUCAUUGUGAAGCUGGAGGCCAUGGAACGGGCCAAGCUGAAGAGGAGAGAGGUCCUUAGCAGACUGCUGGAUGGUGUCAUGGAGGAUGAAAGGAUGGGAAGGGAUACAGAGGCUCACAGGGAGCAGAUGGAGCGGCUGGUGCGAGAGGAGCUCGAGCGCUGGGAGUCGGACGACGCCAUCUCUCAGGUCAGCCAUCAGCAGGCGACUCCUGUUGGUCCAGGAACUCAGCCCCGCCCACGCAGCACCCGCCCCUCCUCCUCACUGUCCACCGAGGGCCCAGACACCGGAGGCAACAUAAGUGGACACGUGUAAGACCUCUUCUACUGCUCCUAUGGCCUUAUUAAGUAUUCCAACACCUUUUAUAUAAGUAUUUUCCUUUGUUUUAUGCAGUUUAUUCACAGUCCACUAUCUCUAUAAAUGGUACAUUGAUUAUUAAGCAGCAUCGUAUUCUGAACAUUUAAUGAAGGUACAGUGGCACAAACUUUAAUCAGCUUUAGACCAGGUACUAUGCAAGAUAGGUCUGGGGUCAUACAAAAAUGUCGUUUUUGACAAAAUGGUGCAAAGUGUAAGACUUUUUCUAUGCGCAUGUAUAUUUAAAUGAGCAAUUUACAAAUUUGAAUGAGGUUGUUGUAAAUGAAGGCAUCACAUGAAGUUAUAUCUUGACACUUAGUUUUCUGUGCCAAUCAAAUUUAGAUGAGAUUUUUUAAUAGCCACACAUUUGAAUAUUUGAGACGUUAAGUCUAUACUGCCACAGACAGAAUAAAAAUUAGUAUCAGAGCUACACUCUAAAUUGAGAUCACAUUAUUGCUUUCUUAAACAUAAUCACUAGCACAAGAUCAUCACUUAAUCAUAAACUUUAAUGUUUAGGAUUUUUCAAAAAUUAUUUCUUUACGUACAGUAAUGAUUGCUAUUUUUUGCAAAAUGAUGCUUGUAUUUAGCUCAGUGUUACAUUUCCAUUGCCACUUGGAAUACAGGUGAAAAUGUGCCAUCUUCUCUCAUCUUCACACAUUUUUGUGAAUGGAAGGUGUCCGUCGUGGACGGCUCAAUAACCAUUUAAAAUGAAACUUAUAUUUUCAUUUGAUCUAAAAAAUCUCUUUGUGCAAAUCUGAGUAAUUAAAAAAGAUUUUGGAUAGGAUUUAUGAUUAUUUAUGGAUGAAAGCCGCUCCAACACAGAGUUAGGAAAAAAAACAUUUCUAUUUACUAUAUAGUACAUCCUCACUAUAAGCCCAAUGGAUCCCUGCUUGAAAAGUCAGUAAGUGCCUGUUAGAAAUAAAUUAUUUAAACACAUGUUUACAAAAUGCAUGUUUGUUUUGAUAUUUAAUUUGAUAAUGAAACAUCAUUAAUGGAUUAUAUAGCCCCCCCCCAACUGUUUUCCUAUAGAAAGUUAAUUUAACCAGAAUGUUUAGGGAACAUAUCAUCAUCAUCAUCAUCAUCACACAUUAAGGUUUCUGUAAAUAUAAAUAUCAAAUUGUAUUCAAACAGUUAAAAGAAAGAUGAAGAAUUUUUAAUAUAUACACUUAUUAUUUCUCUGUUUAGUUGCAGGACUUGACAUUUAACGGUCGUCCGACUGUCUGGGACAACCAAACGUUUGAGAAAAGUCAAAUCCGCAUCUGCCUAAUAGUGAUUAUUCAAGAGUUACAUCAAUAAAGUUCCAAUAAAACUAGUUCAAUCCCCUCAGACAUACGGCCAUGUUAUUGUUUACAAAAUUCCAGGGAAGCCGAGUGCAGCAGGUGUGUGUGUGUGUGUGUGUGUGUGUGUGUGUGUAAAAAUAACCACAUUGUAAUAUGUAAUUAUAGAUUAUUAGACACUGAAUUCAUUGAAAUCAGAAAAACGGUGAUAAAAUACCUCAAUAAAAUCAAUAUCUGUGGUGAACCUUCAUUUCAUUGACACUCAUUGUAUUUUUCUUUUAGUGAUGGUUAAUGUGAACCAUACAAUGUCGUAAAAUAUUUCAUGACGGUACCGAACUCGCUCACGGUUUGUUUUCAUUGAUUCACAACGUGAUUCUGUUCCCCCUUAUCAUGUCCAAUUGGUUUUCUUUAAAUUAAUUUAUACUUCAAGUUUUACUGGAUUAAUCAAGAUUUAACUUUAUUUCCUCCAGAAGCUUUGAAUUUGGACGAGUCUAACUCUUAAAACUGCAGAUCAAGUUUUUUGUUUUAUUGUUAAAGUUUGAGUUUUAUUGAAAAGUUAUCAUAAAUAAUUAAAGCAUAAUUAUCAUAACUGUACCUGCUUUUGGAUAAACUUUUGUGAAUCACUUUCCUUUCAUUGAACUUGUAAAUACAUGAGAAUAAAAAGGUUAUGGUCAAGUGAAAAAUCUUGCUGUGGAUUUAAAAAGUUAAUGUCAAGCCCUGUGUUAUUAAUAUAAUGAGGGUAUCAUAUAAUGAAGGUCCCGCUUUUUGGAUCGCAGUAACUUGAAUUUUUUUCUGUAGGGACUCAAAUUUCAAAGCAUUUUGUAUUUAAAGUACAGGUAUUUUCUCAGAAUGAAGCUUUAUUUAAUUUGACCCUGUUACUUAUUAAAACAGAUCUUUGUUGCACAUUUGUAGUUGCUUUCAGUUAAUAUAGUUGCACAAGCAGCAUGUUGUCAUGUAAACUUAUACCAGGUGAUUUAUUCCUUAUUAAUGUUUUUUUUUACAAUUUUAUACCUAUUGUAAUUUGAAACAAACUUCGAUUCGGAGUGCAUCUGCUUUCAUGGGAAGCUUAGUGUGUGCUUGUAUGACUUGUAUAGCUGAAGUUGCAGAGCUUUUUGCUGAUAUUAGUUUUGCCUCACCAGAAAUUCAGCACACAAGUUUAAUUUUCUUGACUUGAGCUGAGCAAUCUGAUAUGAUGUCAGUAUCGAGAUGACAGUACUCUAUUCUUGCUACUGUAUUGUCAGUACUUUUAUAAUACUGAAUGCCUGUUAUAUUUGUCCCAAUUUCUUUUUUUUUUUUUUUUUUUAACAUUUUUGUGUGUCAGUACUUUUGUUUUGCUGGCAAACUUUAAUCUCAAGAUGCAUUUUUUUUGGACACACCUUUUCUCCACACUGUGUUUGGAUAUUUGGGGGGGUUGUGCUAUUUUACAUUCCUUUAUUAAGGCUGAUAUUCAGUAUGGUGCUUUAUUUUUCUAUUUGCCAGCGUAUAAUGUGUAUUCAGUGAGAGCAGAACUUCUAUCAGCAAACAGCUCUGGAGAUUUGGCUCUGCAUUUCUGAAUGUUUUAAUCAGUAUUACUGUUUGAAUAUCUGCUUUGUUUGAGAAUAAAAUAUUUGCACAUUUUCA